GCAAAGUUAAAGCUUAGAACAAGCUGGAAAAAGACCGCUGCUUGAAUUUCAAGCAUCGGUGGCUCCGAACUCCGAAGUCUCUUGGUACCAACCAAAACCAAAUUAAAAUAAUCCUUAAAUAACCUAACUUAAAUCUCAAUCAACUCUUAAAAACCCAGAAAUUCCCUCCCAAAAAAGUAAAAAAGAGAUCGGAAAUGGCGACCAAUUCAAUGAACUUGGAAGAUAUACCGUCUGAAUCACUGAUGAGUGAGCUUCUUCGCCGUAUGAAAUGCGCCUCCAAACCAGAUAAGCGUCUCAUCCUCAUUGGUCCACCGGGAUCGGGAAAAGGUACUCAAUCUCCAAUAAUUAAGGAUGAGUACUGCCUGUGUCACUUGGCCACUGGUGAUAUGCUGAGAGCUGCUGUUGCUGCUAAAACCCCUCUCGGUAUCAAGGCCAAGGAGGCUAUGGAUAAGGGUGAACUUGUUUCCGAUGACUUAGUUGUUGGCAUUAUUGAUGAAGCAAUGAAGAAACCUUCAUGUAAAAAAGGUUUCAUUCUCGAUGGAUUUCCGAGGACUGUAGGCCAAGCACAGAAGCUUGAUGACAUGCUUGGAAAGCAAGGAGUCAAAAUCGAUAAGGUGCUUGAUUUUGCGAUUGAUGAUGCAGUCUUGGAGGAGCGGAUUACUGGUCGUUGGAUCCACCCUGCUAGUGGUAGGACCUAUCAUACGAAAUUUGCACCUCCUAAAGUUCCCGGCCUUGAUGAUGUGACCGGGGAACCUUUGGUGCAGCGAAAAGAUGAUACUGCAGCAGUUCUCAAGUCAAGGCUUGAUGCAUUUCACAAGCAAACCCAACCGGUGAUUGAUUAUUAUUCCGAGAAGGGAAUAGUCGCAAAGCUUCACGCGGAAAAGCCUCAGAAAGAGGUUACGGAUGAAGUUAAGAAAGUACUUUCAUGACGAAACUCUCGUUACGGAUGAGAUUCGUAUAAGGUGAUUUACACAUGAACAUUGGUUCUUUUGCAAACAGGGACCCCCCCAAAAAUUGAGAAAUUUCAUGGAUUUUUACUCGUGUUUCGAGUACACAUUCGGAUUCAUCGUUAUGCCAUUGCUUUUUUUGGCCCAAAUAUCAGGUGUUGUUUGUUCAAGUAUUGGUGAUGAUUAUGAUACUUGAAAUAAUGAUAUACUUAUAGAUUGACAACAA